AUGGGAUCAGAUGAUGGAGUGGCUCUAGCUAUUGCUAAAAACCUACCUACCUUGCACCACCUCCAACUUAUUGGGAACAGUAUGACAAAUAAAGGCCUCGAAGCUAUUCUUGAUGGUUGUCCUCAUCUUGUAUCUCUUGACUUGCGGCUGUGCGAAUAUAUUAGCCUCAACGAAGUCUUGAGUAGUAGAAUUUCGGGGCAGAUUAAAGAUGUGAAGUGCCCUCAUGAAUCUCUGGCGGGUUUAAGUUUUCGAUUUAAGGCUUAUGGGGAUGAGGAUUUGUCUGAUGAUUACGAACUAGUGGAGGUCAUUCCGAAGUUGCGGGCUUUUGGGGAUGAGGAUUUGUCUGAUGACUACUUUCGUUUUUGA